AUGGCUUCCCAACCUGCCUACCCUCCUCCAAAGGAGGACGAUGCUCACUCGACCGCCUCUGAAGAUUCCGAUGCCAGCAACGAGGAAGGCUGGGAGGAUGUUGAACCCGACGAUGAUACCCAGCCCAUCGUCGGCCUCUUCUCCGACGCGAUCUAUCCCGAUGUGAAUUCGAUGCUUCAAGAGAGCAAAGAGAAGUAUGGUUUCGACCUGCGGAAGAUCAAAAAAGAGCUCGACCUGGAUUUCCUGGAUACCAUCAAAUUGGUCAACUACAUCCGGUCUCAAGUCAAGGAAGGAAACAAGAACCCCGAUGUCUCCUCCAAGGACAACUUCGCCGACGAAGUGUACCUGAAACCCGUUCUUGAAGAUGAUGCUCUGCUUUACAGCCUCGAUGAUAUCGAUGACGAGGAACCAACUGCUGGCACGGAGGCGGAGCGCCGCGUGAUCGAGUUGCAGGAGGAUCUGGAGCGCCUCCAGACCCAGUUCUCCGAGUACAGAAUUGCAGUGCAAAAAUCCAUGGAGGAACAGCUCUCCAAGGAAGAUGAGAAGCUUGACGCUUCUGGCCCAUCUAAGAGGAGCCAGAACAAAGCAAACGAAGCCGAAUCCGAUUACUUUACCUCCUACUCCGGAAAUGGAAUUCACGAGACCAUGCUCAAAGACGCGAUUCGUACCGAUGCUUACCGGGACUUUAUCUACGAAAACAAGCAUCUAUUCAAGGACAAGGUUGUCUUGGAUGUCGGCUGUGGAACAGGCAUUCUCUCCAUGUUCUGCGCGAAAGCGGGCGCUCGCAAGGUCAUCUCGGUGGACAACUCUGGUAUCAUCAGCAAGGCCAAGGAAAUCAUCUACGACAAUGGAUUCGGAGACGUUAUCACGUGCAUCCGUGGUAAGAUCGAAGAGGUCACCCUACCCGUCGAUCAGGUGGAUAUCAUUGUGUCCGAAUGGAUGGGAUACUAUCUGCUCUUUGAGGCCAUGUUUGAUUCGGUCAUCUACGCCAGAGAUCGUUAUCUGGCUCCUGGAGGACUGAUGGUCCCCUCGCAUGCUACUCUCCGCAUUGCUCCUUUCGCCGACUCGGACUUCGUCGAUUCCCAUGUUACCUUCUGGGAGAAUGUUUAUGGUUUCAAGAUGACCAGCAUGCUGGAGGGCAUCUACGACGAAGGUCUUGUCCGGACGAUCCAACCAUCGUCUAUCGCCGGAGACUCCUCCGUCUUCCUGCCUCUUCCGCUCCAUACAAUUACCGUCGAUGAAUUGUCGUUCUUGAAGGAGUUCCAGGUCACUCUGAAGCAAGACAUCGAUGCUCUCGACGGAUUCGCUAUCUGGUUCGACAUCUUCUUCAUGCCCUCCAAGGACGCUCCGAUUGCCGAUGAUGCCUUGCCGUCAGACAUGCAGAAGAAGGGCAUUGUUGCCUUCACUACUGGCCCUUAUGGCACCGAGACACACUGGCAACAAGGUGUCGUCCUCAUCGACCAUGGAAAGAAGAGACCGGCUCCCUUGAAACAGGGCCAGACCAUCACCGGAAAAAUCGGAUACCAGAAGAAUGCCGAGCGGUCCCGUGGUUUGGAUGUCACCAUCGAUUGGGAGGUCCAAGGCGAGAAAGGUUCCCAAAAAUGGGUCGUACAAUAG